UACGCGCUCGCCCGCAGUUGUGAAAAUCACUUCAAACCCUAAACAUACACAAAAGAAGCGAAAAUUGUUUAAAAAUCACAAACCAAAAAUAAAUUAAACGAAAUAUAACGACGAGAAAAGUACGAAACUGGAAAUUAAAAAAAUAAUACUAAUUUAAAAAAAAUAUAUAUUUAAAAAAAAAAUAUAAAAAACUUUUGCUCAAAAACAGUUCGAACAUGCGGCGGAUAAAUAGAACAAAAUCGGAACCCUGUGUCUUUUUAGUAUUGGCCCUCGUGUGUAUUGCCACAUCAGUCAUCAAAUCGACACAUGCUGUUCAACUUGGCGAUCCCGAUGCAGUGAUCACGCUAUAUAAUGUGGCACCAACCGACGAUUUGGGCAUCUAUCGGUAUGCUUACUCGACGAGUAACGGUAUUGCAGUACAGGCUGCAGGCAGCGCUUUGGAAGCUAUAGGCAUAUUUAGCUACACCUCACCUGAGGGCAUACCAAUCGAAGUGCGUUACAUUGCUGAUGAGUUGGGUUUCCAUGCUGUCGGCCGUCAUUUGCCCCGACCGCCACCAAUACCGGACUACAUACUUCGUUCGCUCGAGUAUAUACGCACGCAUCCGAAUCAGGAGGAUCGUGGCCAUUACAGAGUCUACAAAUAA